AUGCGGUUAAAACAACACAAGAAGAAGAAAAAUUACUUCAUGACAGCAGGUCUUCCCCUUGUGCUCUUUAUUGUUGGUGGGUAUGUGGCGCUAACCCAGUUUGUUGGUGGCAAGUAUGAGGCAAGAGAUCACUUGAUUAAAAGUCAAUCGGAGCAUAACUUUAAUUUAGAAGAGGAGCAUAGGAAAAUGACUGCCAAAUUGGCUCUUAAUGACUUUGAACUCAAGCCUGUACCUCGACCCAAAGAUCCUUAG